CGACAUCUCUCUCUUUCUCUCUCUCUUUUCUUCCCCACUCACUCAUACUACAUACACACACCUACACGACUGCAACUUUCGACUUUACAAUCCUAUACUCACGGAAGCUUGCGCUAUCAUACCAUUGUGGUCCCUUUCUAGAGCAGUUCACAAUAUAAAUUGGAAGAGAAAUCCACAUUGUCAACAACAAUGGGGUCCUACCAAGAUUCCCAUGACGCCAACUCCAUCAAGCACAUUCCCUUAUCAUACGACUAUGCCGAUUCUCACAACACUGCUUUGAACCUCAUACUCACGAUACGACCCGAAUGGCGAGAGUCAAAGGACACAAUUGAAUUCGUGCGGUUCACUGACGGCAUUACAAACACGCUUCUCAAAGCGAUCAACAAACUGCCUGGGUUGAAGGACACAGACAUAGACAGGGAGUCAAUUCUUUUACGGGCAUAUGGGAAGGGAACAGACGUGCUGAUAGAUCGUGAGAGAGAGUCACAGUCACAUUCUCUUUGCGCCCGACACGGUUUAGCACCACCACUGCUCGCGAGGUUCGAGAACGGUCUGCUAUACAAGUUUAUCCAGGGUGAUGUGUGUUCACCAGAAGACCUGCGCAGGCCGGAGGUAUGGCGCGGAGUAGCACAGCGGCUAGGUGAAUGGCAUGCAACACUACCUAUAUCGAGUAUCAGCACCACAUGUCCUACACCCACACAAAUAACUCCUCAAAAUAAACGUGCAUCUGUGGAGGCUAUGGCGGCAUUGACGCCAGGCAAGCCUAUCCCCAAUUUGUGGACAGUCAUGCAGAAAUGGAUACUUGCUCUGCCAACUCGCAACGCAGCGGAGUGCAGCCGCCGCGAACAGUUACAGUCUGAGCUACAGUGGCUUACCAAGUUGCUUGCCGAAACCCCCGGGGUUGGCGGUACCAGCCCCUUCGUCUUCGCCCAUUGCGACCUCCUCUCCGGCAAUGUCAUCAUCGAGCCUACGCUCUCGUCAGCUGCCCAUUCGCGCCGCUCGAGUGCCUCCGGUGGAUCUGAGGAGACCGAGUCUCCGGCCACCGUCUCCUUCAUUGACUACGAAUAUGCAACCCCUGCCCCAGCCUCCUUCGACCUUGCAAACCAUUUCGCCGAGUGGGGAGGCUUUGACUGCGACUUCACUGUCCUUCCCACCCGCUCAGUCCGUCGCGCCUUCCUGAGCGAAUACCUCCACAGCUUCAACCUGCACCUUCACCGUUCCUACAAGGAGUCCGACCUGGACGAACUCUUCGGCCAGGUCGACGCCUUCCGCGGCGUCCCCGGCUUCUAUUGGGGAAUCUGGGCCCUGAUCCAGGCACAGAUCUCCCUCAUUGACUUUGACUAUGCAAACUAUGCCGAAGUGAGGCUGGGCGAGUACUUUGCGUGGAAGAAGGAGCGCAGCGGCGAGAGGCUGAAGGCAGGCGAGCAGAUGCCCAUCAGAGAGCAAAGGUGGGCUCAACAAGAGUAAUAGACGAGCCGAGCCGAUAGAAAAGUUCAACACCCACCAUCUGCUGUCUUCUUUAUCCCGAUAAAGCAUAACCCCCUCCCCGGUUCACUUCUUGUCCAGUCUGCAUUCCCCUGCAGGCAUAUAAUGUCAUACCAUACUACAUCGUUUAUCACCUUCCCGCAAUACUUGCUUUUACGACACAUACAUUGUAAUAGGCUUCGUGCCUCCUCUUCUUCGUCUACAGUUCCUCCCACUUAGCGUAGAUGAUUUGAUUUUAUGAAUCUGCCCCUCAACCGCAGAAUAAACAAGCAAGCAAGCAAUUCUUCUAUUCAACUAUAGAAAUGAUAAUCUCUUUCAUAACUUCC